GGCGUACUGGAUUUUUCGCAAGAUCUUGACGUAGACAAAUUAGAUAUUGUAGUUAAGACCUUUUAUCAAGGAGUCGGUCCUCAGCAACAAUUAGCACAACAAAUACUCACUCAAUUUCAAGAAAAUCCAGAUGCAUGGUCAAGAUAUAUCGCCCUCCAGAUACUCGAGAAACUUAUACAGACCCGAUGGAAAAUUCUUCCUUCGGAGCAACAAAUGGGAAUUCGCAAUUUUAUAGUUCACAUAAUUGUCGAGACGUCCAAGAACGAACAGUCACUCAAGAAGGAAAAAACAUACUUGAAUAAACUUAAUUUGAUAUUAGUGCAGAUUCUAAAGCAAGAAUGGCCGCAUAACUGGCCUCAAUUUAUUCCUGAAAUAGUGAACACUGGGAGAUCAAAUUUGAAUAUUUGUGAAAAUAACAUGGCAAUUCUCAAAUUAUUAAGCGAGGAAAUAUUUGAUUAUUCGGCAGAACAGAUGACGCAACUUAAAACGAAAAACUUGAAAACGCAAAUGUGUCAUGAAUUUUCAAAGAUAUUCGAAUUAUGCAAUGAAGUCUUGGAAAAAGCGCACCAACCUAGUUUAAUUAAAGCAACAUUAGAAACACUUUUGAGGUUCUUAAAUUGGAUCCCUUUGGGAUAUAUCUUUGAGACGAAUGUUAUCGAAAAUUUGAGGAAUAGGUUCCUAGAGUCACCAGAAUAUAGAAAUGUAACGUUAAAAUGCCUUACAGAGAUUGGAGCGUUGAGUGUGAGUCAUGAAUAUGAUGAUAAAUUUAUUGCCCUCUUCAACAUGGUUGUAGCAUCUCUCACAUCGAUGAUUCCUCUUUCAGCAGAUAUUGCCUCUAUCUACGAUAACAGCUCCAAUGAAGAACAAGAAUUUAUUCAAAACCUGGCAUUGUUCUUGACGAGUUUUUUGAGCGCUCACCUUAAGAUUAUGGAAGCCCAACAAGACACUAGUGGUCUUUUAACGGCUCACUAUUACCUCCUUAGAAUUUCCCAGGUCGAAGAGCGUGAAGUAUUUAAAGUGUGUUUGGAAUAUUGGACCAAGCUGGUUGCAGAAUUAUACGAAGAGACACAACAUAUUCAUGUUCUUGAAAUCCCCACUCUUUCUUUAACUGGUCAAAUAUCGUCACCAUCUGCUCUUGCUAAUACUCCGUCGAGAAAGAAUAUGUACUCUGACAUAUUGUCGAAUUUAAGGGUUAUUAUGAUUGAUCGAAUGGUAAAACCAGAAGAGGUUUUGGUCGUUGAAAAUGAAGAAGGAGAAAUCGUUCGUGAAUUUAUGAAAGAUUGUGAUACAAUUACCCUAUACAAGAGCAUGCGCGAAUGCCUCGUUUAUCUAACUCAUUUGGAUGUGCAAGAUACUGAGAGCAUCAUGUCCAAUAAAUUAAAUAAGCAGAUUGAUGGAUCGGAGUGGUCUUGGAAUAAUUUGAACAAACUCUGCUGGGCAAUUGGCUCCAUCUCUGGUGCUAUGAGUGAAGACACUGAAAAAAGAUUCUUAGUGACUGUUAUCAAAGAACUCUUGGGACUUUGCGAACAAAAACGCGGAAAAGACAAUAAAGCUGUUGUUGCAUCUAAUAUUAUGUACACUGUUGGUCAAUACCCACGUUUUCUAAAAGCACAUUGGAAGUUUUUGAAAACAGUUCAAACCUUUUACGAGGCUGUUGGCUAUAUGAUCUCGGCACAAUCUAACAAAAGCAUUCAAGAACGUCUAGUUAUGCUAUACAUGGAACUUCCUAAUGCAGCUUGGGACAACAUACUGGCACAAGUAAAUCAGAGCCUAGAUGCCCUUAAUGUUACCGAAAAUACAAAGCUUCUAGGUCAUGUACUUAGGACAAAUGUAGCCGCUUGUAAUGCCGUUGGUAGCGGGUUUUCGGUUCAGAUUGCUCGUAUAUAUGUGACUUUAUUGGAAUUAUACAAAGCGGUCAGCCAACUAAUAUCAGACGGCGUCUCCCGAGAAGGCUUGAUUGCUACCAAGACGCCUCGUGUGCGUAAUUUGAGAGUGAUUAAGAAAGAAACUUUGAAAUUAAUGGAGACAUAUAUAACCAAAGCAGACGAAACAAGCCAAAUUAUCACACAUUUAAUGCCACCUUUGUUGUCAGCUGUUCUCAUCGAUUACAAUACAAAUGUGGAACAGGCAAGAGACGCGGAGGUGCUAAGUUCGAUGGCCUCUAUAAUCUCAAAAUUGGGGGCUGGAAUCACGAAAGAAGUUCCUGCGAUUCUUAACGCUGUUUUUGAGUGUACUUUAAAUAUGAUUAACAAAGACUUCUCCGAAUAUCCUGAGCAUCGCGUCGGAUUCUUUAAAUUGAUCCGUGCCAUUAACCAGCACUGUUUUCCUGCUUUACUAACUUUACCACCGGGACAGUUUAAACUUAUUAUGGACAGUAUUGUUUGGGCCUUUAAACAUACGAUGCGUGAUAUUGCUGAAACAGGACUUAAUAUUUGCCUAGAAUUAUUGAAUAAUAUAUCAUUACAAGAUGUAACAACUGCGAACCUGUUCUAUCAGCAGUAUUUUCUUAACCUUUUACAAGACGUAUUUUUCGUAUUGACUGACACUGACCACAAAAGUGGAUUUAAGAUGCAAUGUAGUGUGCUUCAACGAAUGUUUUCUCUUGUGGAAACCGGUGCCGUACAGGCCCCGUUGUUUAAUCCCUCUGAUGUCCCCGACCCGAACAUGACAAAUCAACGAUUUUUGAGGGAAUAUGUAAUGAACUUAUUGCAAAACGCAUUCCCCCAUCUGCAAACUGUUCAAGUUCAAGCUUUUGUCAUGGGCCUAUUUGAGUUGAAUCAAGAUUUUAACAGGUUUAAAUUGCAUUUGCGAGAUUUCCUUAUUCAGCUGAAAGAAUUUUCCGGUGACAAUGCUGAUCUAUAUCUCGAAGAAAGAGAAGCUGAGGCUGAGCUUCGAAAGAAAACUGAAAUGGAAAAUGCGCUAAAGAUUCCGGGUCUCGUGAAGCCUUCUGACUUACCGAUGGAUGAAGAAGAGUAA